CCUAUAAAACAACAGACUAACCUAACCUAUAAAACCACAGACUAGCGCCGGCCAUGGUGGCCGUGGUCUGGGCGCUAUCUUCAGCCUUCCUCCACGCGGGCGCGGGGCCGCUGUGGGCGCGCGAGGCGGGGCUGAUGGUGGCGCCCUGCCGCCGCACCUGGUGGCUCGCGGCGCUGAUGCUGGGGAACUAUGUGCGGGCUGAGGAGAUGUGCUACCUCCCCUCCUGGAGCGUCCAAUGCGAGUUCCACUUCUUCCUGCUCGGUUGCUGCAUCGUGUGGGUGUACCGGCGCUCGCGAGCGGGCGGGCUGGCGGUGUUCGCGGCGGCGGCGGCGGCGGCGUUGGCCACCCCGGCUAUAGUGACUGAUGUGAAUGGGUUCCCGCCUGUAAUGUUGCCUUUUGGGUUUGAACGAGUGAAAGACCUGUUUCACGACGAGUACUUCCUUCAGCGAUACAUCCCGACGCACUACCGGCUCAGCCCCUACCUCGUGGGCAUGGCGGGGGGGUACCUUGUCGGGAGGGGAGAGGGGGGGAGGAUCAAGCAGCGCUACGCCCUACUAGCCUGCCUCUCCUCCGGUCUCCUCGUCUUAUCCCUACUCUACGGCGGCGCGAGUCUCUACUCCGUACAGGUGCCUCGCGCGGCGGCCGCGUUGUACGCCGCGCUCAACCGCCCGAUGUGGGCGCUGGCGGUGUGUGCGCUUAUAGGGAGCUGUGUGCGGGGGACUGUGCCCCUAGUGAGCCAGUGUCUCGGCUGGCGCGGGUUCCGUCCGCUCAGCCGGCUCGCGUACGGGCUGUACCUGACCCACUGCGGGGUGUUCUUCCACGUGUACAUGACGGCUACGGGCCCGAGCCGCGUCGGCGUCGUGGAGACCGUGGUGACCUACCUAGGCGCGCUGUGCCUGAGCCUGGUGCUGGCGGCCGCGCUGUGGCUGCUGGUGGAGGCGCCCGCCAACAACCUGUGCGCAAUAGCGCUUAGUACCAGGAGAGCAGAUAACAAUGAGAGGUUAGGACAGCUCAUUAAGAAUAAUGUAGUUCCAAAGUCGCCCGAUAGAUGGCUGUUAACUAGCGCUUUGUGGUUUUAA